AUGAUAACUUCACAUUUAACUUUCUUUUAUGGUGAUUUAAUUGAUCAAAAGAAUAUUUUAAAUCAAUUAUUUUUAACAUGGACUGUAAUUGGAGAUAUUCGUGGUCAUACAUCAGUAUCUGAUGCUUCUACUCGUCCGAUUAUUGGUUUAGUUGAAACAACAUUAACAUGUGAUUUGAUUCAACCUGGAUUUAUUUUAUUAUUUUAUAUUCUACUUGAUGUCGCUGUUAUUCAUGGUUGUGAUAAGAUUUGCAUUUUAAGUGAAAAAUUUUCAUUAGAAAUGAAAUUUCGAUGGAUUAUUUGCAAAAUUAUCGAACAGUUCGAGUGGAACUGA